ACGCUUUGUGGGGGGCACAUUUUUUAUAUGCCUGAGUUGGUUAAAAAUACCACCACUCCCCCCAGCCAUAAAUAACGUACAGUCACUUAACCUAAUUUUACCCCAAUAUCAAACAAGAACAUUUGGCCAAUUUCAUACUAAACAUAAUUGACUCCUUACCCAUGCCUUGCACAUCUUUAAUCAACAUAAGAGACUGUAAUGCUCUUUUUGAAGCCUGGCUGGGGUAAAAAAAAAAAAGAGUAGAAAACUCUUUUUUCACCGCUUCUAUUGUUAUUCCCCACCAGUAACCACAUAUACUCUUAGAGGACUUCUAUUUUUGUAAGAGUUAGUCUGGGUCAUGAAAGUGGACAAGACUGUAUGACGGUGUUUAACAUUAUACAAAAUUAUGGCAAAGCAUUUUCAACAUUUUAAAACAACACAGGGAUACUUGUCGGCCAGCAAGAAGAAGGUUGCUUUUUGCCUAGAAACAAAGCGAUUUCUUCCGAUAACUGGAGAUAAAUCUCCCAAAAGUGAUUGGAAUUGACGGGUUUGGCUACAGACGAGAGUUUGAGCAAUUUUGUCCACUCUUACUCAGAUGUCUAGAGCCAAAAGAGAUGUUAGCACUUGACAAAUGCUUUUGGAAUCGACUGAGCCAUUAUCAUGACGAUGCAACCAUCUCUCACAACAAUGAAAACCUAACAGCCUAGGAGCAAGAUCUCCACGCGCGAGUGGCACGCGAAAGGAGACGCGCGAGCAAGGUGCGGGGAAAGAACAUGAGAGCUCUUUGUUUCCUACGCCCCUCACGGGUUCGCCGAUCACUCGCGCGUUCGCUUGCCACUCGAAAUGGAAAGGUUGCUCCCAGUCCAUAAUAUUUCUUGGUAAUCGUGCGCGUUCGCUAUUCGGUGAGCCAGUUUACGUUAGGAAUUCUGAGGAAAAAUUCGUGCUAUUUACAUACUAAACAACUUCCACUUUUGCUCCACGUCUCCUCUUUCACCCAUUUAAACCAACCCUUAACAAUUAAUAACAUUGCGGCACUCACACGUGCUUGGCACAAAAAGUAUCUCAAACGCGUAAUACCACGACGCCCAAGUGUACGCGCCGAUAGCCUCUUGUUUAUCUUACUUCCGGCUAUUUUCUUCGAGCUCCCGAUGACUCGAACUUUUUUCGAUCUCCCUUGCAGAGGCACGGAAGCAGACUUGCCGGACUUCUUCUCUUACCUAAAUACCCUUCAUCCCACUAUUAAAUUUACAUUCUGUUACUCAUGCAUAUCUUUCUUUUUUCUCGACGUCAAGGUGUCCCUCAAUGAUGGUAUCAUUGAAACUGCUUUUUAUACUAAAGCCAUAGGCAAUCAUCAGAACCAUUUAUCAUAUCACCGCUUACAUAACCGACCUUUCCAUUCAGCCUUGCCCUCUCUCCAACGAGCAUUCUUCUCUCGCGACGAGGGAAUGGUAAAUGCUGACUUCGUGUUAAAUCCAGUCGCCGGUAAGGAAUCAAACACCUGGAUACUGAACUGGAUGUACCCGAAAAUUUUAAUAACCGCUUACAUUAGCCUCGCUUUUUUUUUUCUCUUGCGAAAACCUCUGAGUUAUACACUAUACUAUCUGCUCCUGCUACAAUUUCUGCCGCAUAUCCAAGGGCUUUACUUUCGUCUGGCUUGCGCCACCUUUAUAAUUAGCAUUUGCUGUGCGACAGUGUGUGUGUUACGACUCAUUGGUCUCAACCAGACUGAGAAGAUUGGAGUCCGUUAUUCCAUAUUUGAAGUACCUGGUGACAUAAGAACGACUGAAUCAACGCACUGCAUAUCACUGAAUAACAAGAACAUUUAUGAAAUUUAAAGGUCGAGUUUGAUCGUCUGGGUGAACGUAGUCCUGAAUAGGACUGUUGUUGUUCACAGUGACUGACGUUUCGACAACCUGUGCUGUAAACAUGCGACUUUUAACUUUUGGGAGAGCUUUUUUCAUUUCAGUUGUCUUUGUGUUUUAUUAGAGCACUUACGCAAAAAUGUCGGCGAUGGCUACGAAAACGUCGCAUAAAAACUGAAUAUUCGCUGCUUCAAAGUGUAUCGCGCUUUGUCCGUCUUGUUCAAUUCGGAUCGAUAACUUCGCGUGAUAAACCAACUCGUGUGAAGGGCCAACAAUGAUGGAAAUUGCAAAAGGUUGAGUUUGAUCGUCCGGGUGAACGUUAGUCCUGAAUAGGACUGUUGUUGUUGACAGUGACUGACGUUUCGACAACCUGUGCGGUAGUCAUCUUCAGAGUCAAAGUGAGUUGUAUCACGUCAGUUGAUGGUAUUAUACUCUGGUUAUUGAUCUGAUUGGUCAAUUAUGUCGCUAUGCUAUUGGUCGUCUGUCAGUUAAGCCGUGAUGUUAUUGGCUAUGAAGACUCGUAAUCAGUGAUUGGUGCUUUUCGAUCCGUCUAUUGUCACAGUGAAACCGGCAGAAACCUAAGCACGCGACUGACCGAACACAAACGCGCGACGAGGAAUGGUGACGUCAACAAUCACAUUGCUGAGCACCAUUUAAAGACGAAACAUCAAAUUGACUGGGACUCUGCGACAUGUAUAACGUAUUGUACAGACUACUAUCAACGUCUUACUUUAGAAAGCUGGUUUACUAACUUAAAACAAACGCCACUGAAUCGUAGCCAACAGUUACCAGCGCCGUACAAACGACUUAUUGACGAGAUCAAGCAAAACUAACUACGAGAGAACAAUUGGAGAACUGACAAUUUGACUAACAAUAGACGACGGUUUAACUGUGACAAUAGACGGAUCGAAACGCACCAAUCACUGAUUACGAGUCUUCAUAGCCAAUAACAUCACGGCUUAACUGACAGACGACAAAUAACAUCGCGACAUAAUUGACCAAUCAGAUCAAUAAGCAGAGUAUAAUACCAUCAACUGACGUGAUACAACUCACUUUGACUCUGAAGAUGACUACCGCACAGGUUGUCGAAACGUCAGUCACUGUCAACAACAACAGUCCUAUUCAGGACUACGUUCACCUGGACGAUCAAACUCAACCUACUUUUGAAAUGACUCCUGGGUUCAAACCUUUCACAAUGAUGGAAAUUGUUGCGUCCGUUUGCACGUAGUGGGGCUACUAAAAAACCGUGUUUCGCGAGGGUUUAUGCGAGAUACGCAUUCUUUAAUGAAAAAACUGUUAUAGUGAUUUUCGGUUUUUAGCGAAAGCGAAAUAUAGUAAUUUGCUUGGAAGGUGUCGUAAAUUUUUGUUUCAAUGACCCGUUUUCUUUGCUUUCCAACCCCAGCAAUAACCAGUAUUUCCUAACAAAGGCAAACACUCCUUAUUUUCCUUUCUGUUUAUAUACUAAAACAUUUCUCGCACUUUAUCACAGUUGUUCUUCAGCUUGUUUUUGGAUGGAUGCAGAGACAUAACCACGAGGGUAUUCUAUGUCUUUGGUUUAGCCCGACAUAUCCUAUGGUGUUAAUAUACAAACCGGAAUUGGCUGAGGUAAGGACGGGGCGUAACUCGGUAACACUUCAAAUUGAAGGCAAGGCUGAUCGGACAGCCAAGGGUUAAAAAUUUAUUGGCCCAGUAUUUCGACUAGACAAACUCGGUAGCCCACUAUAAACAAACUUGAGUUCGACGGUGCGCUCCUUUUACCGCUCUCUAUAUCAGUGCUCCAAGCCGGUUUUACGGUUGGUUGAAGCCUCUGUUCAGUCUGUUAAUGUGGCUGUUUGACGGUUGUCCAGUUUAUUUUCUUAAUAACGCCAAUUACUCUGUCUCCCGGCUGUUGUGAAAGGGGGUCGACUGUAUUAACGUUGAAAAAAUGCCGUUAUUUUCUUGGAGAAUUGCGACGGAACGUCACUUCUGAUUGUCCCAUGUAAGCUCUAUAUAGUGUGUUCAUAAACUGUGUUCACAUCCUUCAUUUUAUGUGUAGUUCCAGAAAAUACCCAUACUCUCCCCACGGAGGCCAACGGAAAUUCUGAGGGGAUAGAGAUUCGAAAGGAGGCAAUUUACGAAGGUGUAAGAGGGGGAGGGGCUUUUCGAGGUAUGUUUUUCGGGGGGCUCUGUGUAAGAAUGGUGAGUUAUUAAAACUAAUAGCUGCUCUGUUGAGCAAGCCAUCAGUUAUUUUACUGUAACUGGUGUUUCAAAACAAGAAUGAUUGUUUCCAUUGAUGAUUGAUGAUCUUUUAAUGGCGGUCGCUGAAUGCUUUUUUAAGCGAUAGUUUUUCAAACACACUACACCUUGUUUACCCCCAAAAUUUUGUAUAACCGUUGUUUCCAAUUUCUCCUGGGUAUUACAGUCGUCCCAAGAGAAAUCCAAGACAUUAUGAAAAAUUUGAGGCGGGGGGGGAAGGGGUUAAACAAGGUGCAUUAUGGUCUAUGUGAAAAUGGUGAAUACAAUUGUCAUCGGUAAAUCACAUGGAAAGGAAGUAGUCGGACGUCUUACCGACGAUAGUACCAGCUUAUUAGGGAGCUUGACUAAGCAAAAGGUGUUUUUGAGCGACGGUCGUCGACCACGUCAACUGGGAGGCCCUUUCCCUUUUAAUAUGCCUUGAGGCUACCAAUUUCGUAUUGCCAAGAAACUUUACUCUUAUAGUGACGAUUUUUCCUAAAAUAUGGGUAAAACCACUAUCCAAGAAUGCAAAAAGUCCACUUUCAUUUGACGUGCGUCGCUCAAAAAUGUCUUUGCUAAAGCUCCGUAAUGUGAGAUGCGCUUAAUGUAGGUUUUAUUGUAACUUUGUUUCAGCUUUUGCUCAACAGUUCAAAACACACGACUAAGUCUGUGGAUUACGACCUACUGCAUCCUUGGCUCGGUACAGGUACGCUGACGUAAAAGAAAUGAUAGGAUUCCUUACUUCUUCGACAACGUGAAUCAACUAAUGAAUACUUUUCUUAGUCGUGGUCAAACAAUCAAAAACCAAGCUCCAAGUGUUAUUACUAAAACCACACUUGCUGACCGCACCUCAGGCACCGAAACUUUGGAACAGGUCGCCCGUUAAUAUUCGUAAUGAGGAAAAUUUUAAUCUUUUUAAAAUGUUAAAGACAUUUUUUAAACUUGCUUUGUAUUAGAUCCAAUAGAUAUUUUAUAAAUUUUUAUUUAUGUAGUUUUAACUUUUAUAGUUUUCGUUAGUUACGGUUUUAUACUGUAAUGCGCAUUUCAUCAUAUGCACAUUUAAUUUGAGCAAAAAAAAUUGUUGUUACUAUUUAUUACAUCAAAGAAUUCACUGAUCUACAAUUAACUAAUUAACCUGUUAAGUCGAUUAAGCCACUUGAAAAUAGCACAUGACCUUAUCCACAGCAUUGUUUUAUGAGGUUAAGACAAACUGCUAAAACGUAAGCGGCGUUAAAGUACUCCUUCGUAAGUUACUGACGUUUCUACGCAAAAAAAGAGUAAUCGGUGCGCCCUAUCGACUCUUAUUCUGUUUUGACCAGCCACAAAACCAAAGACUUAGGGUCUGUUUCACAGAGACUUUGUUCUGUCAACAAUAAAACACAAACAGCGAUGAUAAACAUUGUGAGUUUUCGCAUUUUUAUAAACUUGACGUUUCGUAUGCUGUUCAAGAUACAUUUUCAAAAGUGAUCUUAAGUGACCGUCAAAAAAAAUGACGAGACUAUAUAUUCAAAAAUUACAAGGGGUCUGGAAAUGUGAUUAAGAAUUCAAAAAAUUCUUAACAGUAAUUAAUACAAAAGACAACAGCUAAUAAAGCAUCAGCUUUUCACUGCUGAUGUUGGCAUUAAAAGCUGGCUUAAGGUCUUGAAUAAACAACGUUUCUUUUAUCUUACAAUGAUACAGUACUUACCCGCUUAUAAGAACCUGUAUUUAAGAACCUGUUAGCCUAAAAUUCUCAAUUUAGACCCCAUUUACAUAAGAACCUGUUUAGCCUAAAAUUUGAAACAGGUUCUUAUUUCAUGGAAAAUGUUUCAGUUAUAACUUCUUCUGUCAAAAAAAAACAUUUUAUUCAGGCACAUGGACAGAAGUAUAUAUAUACAUAUCUAUUUCAUUGGAAUAUAUUAAUACAUGAACUUUUAGUUUUAGCUUGAUACUGAAUGUAUCUACUAAAAUUGGUCAUGCCUGUGUCAUUAAAUUAAUAUAUAUUCCACCUUUCUACCAUUUACAGAUGUAUAAUAUAUUUCUCAUUAUAUAAGAACCUAUUUAAGACCCUCUGUAGCCUAAAAUUCCACUAAACACCAUUUACAUAAGAACCCGUUUAGGCUAAAUCUGAAAAAAUAGGUUCUUAUAAGCGGGUAAGUACUGUAAUCUGUUUUGCCAGAUCUAAAAUUUCAAAGUGAUACCAUUUAAUGUUACGUCCGGUGGCAGAGAUAUGGUCAGCAAUAGCUGAAGGGUGAUCAUUUUUUUGUUGGGGACUUGAAAGGUUCAGUCUUCCCAUCAUGGAGCCGUCGCUUGGUUUCACCAAUGAAAAACUCAUUACAAUCCUAACAAGCUUUGUAAAUGACUUUGGAUUUUUGAGAGCGAUUAAGGCGGUCCUUAUAUGGAAAGAAAGAUUUAAUACAACAGGUGUUAUAAAAAUUAUCCUUAAAUUAACACAAGAAUAAAACUAGUAAUUACAGGAUUUUAGGCGUUUAGAAAUUUGGUUGCUUUAAAGACCUAAAUAAGGUAGCAAAAUAAUAACAUCCUUCUUAGGAACCAUAGGAAAGGAAGAUCUCGCUUGUUUCCGUUUCGUUCGAACACAUCGUUGACGUGGAAGUUGAUUAUUCCUUCGGGUAACCAUUCUGAAGAAGAAGUUUUCUUAGAUCAUCCAGGGCAGACUGUAGCAAAGAAGAGAAGGAGCAAAUUUGGUAGCAACGAUAAGUCAAUUAAGAUCACUUUUGAAAAUUUAUGUUGAAUAGCAUACGAAACGUCAAGUUCAUAAAACUGCGAAAACUCACAAUGUUUGUGUUUCACUGUUCGUGUUUUAUUUUAGGGUCUUGUUACAUUGAGGCGGGGAACCCAAGGUAGGUGAAGUAAGCAGGUAGCCCACUUAGGUAGGGGUAACCCGCCUGUCCAUAUAAUCUCUCAUUUUGAUUUGAUUACGUUAACAUGAUAGGUGUGGUGAUCCGCCGAGGCGGGUUGCCUGGUUUGCUAGACCGGAUAACACUUUUAUCCAGGGUCACAUUUUGCCAUGUAAACGUUUCAAAGUGGAGUAACGCGCGCGCCGGGGUGAGUUUCGGGUUCCAUCAAAUUCGCGUCAUAUUCGAACCACAACCAUAUGGCAUAAUUAAGAGUGGCAAAACAUAGCCAAAAGAAGAGCAUUAACCGCCAAAACACGUCGUUUGCUUACCAUAAUUGUUGUUUACACUAAAUUUUAUUUAGUUAAACGUUAUCAUUCAAAAAUGCAAAAGACAAAAGAGUCACUGUAAAAAUGUUUUAUUUUUCAUUCUUUCGUCAGACCAGAUCCCUGAUAGUAGUAAGCCGUGAACGUGCCAAAUUUGUUCCUAUUAAGAUAUUUUAAUUCUCCUUUUUUCAUUUUCCUGUGAAAAACGUUAUUGCAAUUAGAUGAACAUGAUUAGCGGCCUGGGCGUGUUACCGCACUUAUCUAGGGUCCCCCACCUUCAUGUAAACAGGCCAUAAUUUUUACGUUGUUCCUUGAGGUGUAGUUUUCCAACGCCUGAUUGGCCUCGUUUCUUCGCUUUUCUGGUUUCAUAAUGAAGUGAUGCGUUUCCUCUUUUUCGGAUUUUAAAAUUUUAAAUUUGAUCAUUUGCUGCUUUGAUUCGACGUCAUUAAAAAAAGUCGUGAGGAAAGUGAAUAGACGCUUUCGAGAAGAGUUUCGGAAACAAAAUCGUAAAAGCAAGAGCCUUUGACGUGUCGUAACCGUGAAUCACUUUGUUUGAUCAGGUAGUUUAUUUAUCUUAAUCAAUUUUUUCUCUUUUUUUCUGUCCAUAACAAUGUUCCUUACAUUUGUGACAAACUAAGGACUACUGACAAGGUACGUGAAGAUGGGUAGAUGUAUAGGUAGGAGUUUAUUUGGAUCCUAAUGGAGGCAAUAUAACUCAAUAUAAGGUAAUAUAUUUUGCUGAUCAGCAUUAGGCUGCAGGGUUAAGGUAAUGUGCGGCGUUUGAUCUUGGGGCCUAAGGGAUAAAUGGUGGGGAGAGGUCUUCGCUCAAAUUCGUUUGGAGAAACAUCAAGAAUACCCUUUCCUUCUUGUACGCCUUAGGGUAAGUGUAAGAUGGUGAUGCCGUAAGUAGUAAGGUUUGCUGGAUUGCUUGCUUUUUUUGUUGUUGCUCUCUUGUUUUCGUUUUUUCCCGAGUGUUCUCCGAGUAGCCUCAAAAGAUUCCCAUAAGUCAUAGUAGCCUCAAAAGAAACGUUUUUUUUUUUCCAGCUUUUGUGAUAACAGUCACUCUGUACCUUAAGGACGAAGUAAAAACAGUUGUAUAAGCAUUUGAUGGAAAAAAAAUAAGAACAAGCGGCAAUUCAUCACCAGUACGUUACACUGUUGCUAGGAAUUAAAUAAUUUUGUCUUGUCUGAGAUGAAGAAUCCUAGUUUACGGCACUUGUCUUCUUUGGUAGCAAGGGCGAGAAGUGGAGGAGUCGACGGAAGCUAAUAACGCCAACAUUCCACUUCAGUAUACUGAACGACUUUAUUCAAGUCUGCGAGGAACAGACCGCUAUUUUGAUUUCGCACCUACAGGUAACGGUCCGUUUCGUCCUUGAAAAGAAAUUAGGGAACUUAAGAACCACGACGACGAAUUUGUCGACGACGACCGGAAGUGAGAUACCGUGCCCUGCGCAAGCGCGGUUAACAAAUUUCGUCGUCGUGGUGUCGUCGACGACGCCAACACAGUAGAGUCACGUCGUCCUGCAGUCCACAAGCUUCGGCAGGUAUAACUCCCUGUUUUUAAGCGAUUUUUCAAGGCCUUUGUAUUUUUUCACCUCGUAAAUCCAGGUAUCUUUUCUUUUUUCUGAUAAGACAACACUGAGCUCUGCAGGCCGAGCGAGCGAACUCGUAAGUGACAAAUUUAUUUGUACGUAUUUAGGUCAGGCAAAUCAUAUAUCUUUAAUAUAGAGGAAAUGAACUUUAUAUGGAAAACAGCUAUCGUAUCGGAAUGUCUCUUUUUCCAAAUCUAAACUCUGACAGACACUCGGACUCGGUCAUGUCAUUCAGGUUGAAAGUUGAAUAACCUUCGUACGGAAAGCAGAGAUUUUUUCAUUCGAAAAGGUCAGACAACACUAAAAAUUCUUCAUCGUCAAAGAAAGUAGACGUACGGCUUAUAAAAUAAGAUUUUGCAUCGUCUUAAAAGACGCCUUUGCGAAAAAACUUUGUUGCGAACGAACAUCACAGUUGUACUACUUCUACAUGUUUGUUUACAUUCAGUGUCGUCGUCGUCGACCUAUCGAUCGACUGCAUCUUAAGUUUCCUUUUUCCCGCCGAAACUGACGUUCUCGUUCCAGUCCUUUCCCAGUCAACAGACGUCGUCUUCGUGAACUUCGUCGUGGUUCUUAAGUUCCCUAUUACUUUUGCUUAACAGUCACUAUACGGCAUUGAGAGGUUGUGCACGAGCAUGCGCAGGCUCGGUAUUAUGGCGAAUUGCACUUUGGGGCUGUUUAACAUUUAUACCUGGAUUUUUGAAAACCGGGUUAGCAAAAAUAUCAACUCAUUCUGCUACUUGGCAAUUUAAAACAAUAAAACUCAUUUAAAGACCUAUUAAAAGCCUUUAUCUGACGCCGGGCAAUAAGUUAAUGGUCCCGAGAGGCAUUCCAACGACUCCAGAUUUAAAAUGACGCAAAUUUUAGAACAUUUAUUCAGUAAACUGACUUCGCGAAGUUUCAAACCGGUGUCAUUUCAGUCUAGAAAUUUUUAAGGUAAGUGGACUGCAGCGAAAGAGUGCCUGGUUAAGGCUUACAUUACAACUUAAAUAGUUAGCAAAACACUACUUUUCUCCCGGUUCGAUAAACAACAGGAUUCCGCGUGGAUAGACGACAAACUGAAUGAAACGUAGUGCACAAAUUAUCACUUUCUUAUCUGCAAAAAUCGACCUAUGGUUUAAUGGCAUUAGAGCCCGUUGAAAUUAGACCUAGAUCCAAUUUUUUUGAGUCGAGAGUCGCUUUUCCAAGGUACAAUCAGCUAAGCUAAACACCGACGAAACAAUGUUCAUGGCUGGCACAGAAUAUUUUGGCUAAAGCGAAGUUCAACCACGCGAUCACAUACCUGUCAACACCAUGCGGAAAUCACACAAUCACACACUUUCCCGCAUCGAUAGGACUAUCCACAACCACACAUAAUCUUCUCACGUUUAACGUGAGCGAAAUAUCAUCGAAUAACUCGGAAAAACUCAGCCUAUUGCCAGAUAAAUACCUCUGGACUUUUCUCUUACACUUGUCUUAUUCAAGUUCCCAGAUGUAAAGUCACACGGUCGGCGGAUCACCUUAGCCUUGUUUUCACACCAGAAAAAAGUCUUGGCCUGGGUCAAAGUUCACCUGCAAUUUUGCUCUUGCCUAAUUCAUUUGACUCCUAAAAGUCUGUUCCCGAGGCCAAAGACUUAGUGGUCACCUUAGAAAAGCAAACAAUAUCGUACCUUUAGGUCUCAGCCCGGAUCAGGGUGAUUGAUCCGUUUAGCCAAAUGAAACGAGAAUAUCAUACGAUAUUGGACGAUGCAGACUCUGCGAAUCGUAAUAACUUUGCCCCAUCUCAGAGCUUUACAUGAUGUUCUCCGGGAAACUUUUCUCAAGGUGACCUAUAUCUAAAACUAAACUGCUAAAUGGCACCGAAACCAGCUUUAGGCGCGCACUGAUUUCAAAUAACUGUCACUUGUGUUAAACAAAGAAUUGUGGGUAAGGAAAAAAAACAGGGAGCGGGAAAGGGGGGGGUUAAGAUAGUAAUUCUGUCUACAUCCACAUCUACACAAAUACCUAACCACAAAAUAAGCAAAAAAAGGAAAAAAAAACGACGUCAGCAAACAACACAGUAAACAAGCUAUUAGACAGGGGAGUUGAGAAAAAUUACAAAAUGUUUGCUAACCCGGUUUUCAUAACUCUAGGUAUAUUUAUUUUUAGAUAGGUUUGGUAGGAGUCUGGGUCAAAUUUCGUCCCCCAAACAGUCCAAUAGUACAGUUCGAUACGACACCGAUUCAGUGUCAAAUACAACUUCAAAAUAGACAGAAUGUUCGUGUUUUUAUUGUUAUUAUUUCUUGAAUUCUUCAUUUAUUUGCGUGACAUGUGGUGAUGUAAGAUGGCUUCAAAUGCUCAAUCAUUCAAAUUAGUGUUAAAUAUAAAUUAAAAUUCGGGCUUUGUUGCUUUUACUUUGUUAUUUCCCAGGAGAAGGUAAACAAAGGUGCUUUCGACAUUAUGCCUUACAUCGCCCUUUUGACUCUGGACAUAAUAUGUGGUAAUUAUAUUGACGUAUUAAAGGCUAAUAACUGCAUCGCCUCCUUCCUGUUUCUAGAAGCGCAGUGAAUCUCUACCAGAUUUUCGAAGACGUUUGCCAAUCUUUAAAAGCACUGGGUGUUAACAACUCGGUUUUAUAGUUUUGUGAUUAAAUUUUUUGUUUGUUUCUUUGUUUUCAAAAGUCAGAAAAAAAUGAAUCGAUCAUUCAGUUUAAGGCUAUGUUCACACUACACCUGAUGGCUUUGAACGGUUGUGGCGGCGCGAUUUCUGUGACGGAGCAAAGCUGCACCAUAGUCCAGUCAAUCUAGGCAUUUUUGAGGCUCAACAUCAAACUAAUUGCAACAGAAUUGUUUUCAACGCCAUUUAAGUUAGUUGAAAUUAUACGUUCAAACAAAAAAUUCGCAAAAAGUGUUUGUUACUUUUAUGGAAAAGCGAAAGAAGAAAGAAUAACUGCUACCUAGUUUUCGGUGAUAAAAACGACGUGUUUCUUUUUUUCAAAAAUGAUAAAUAUUGAACACGGUUGGCUUUUGCACAGGAAGCCCAUGCUUCGCUAAAGGAACGCCAAAAUAACAGGAGGCUUACGGAGUAAUAGAGUAAAUCAUGUUUCUGUGAAGCACAAGGACGAUUAAACUCAACCUACUUUUGAAAUGACUCCUAGGUUCAAACCUUUCACAAAAAUAUAUAUCAGAGCUGGAUUUUUGAAUAACGUUACAGCCAAAAUAGGACUCUCACCUCAAACACAAGUCAAAAAAAACUAGCAGUGCAGCCACUGUUUUUCUUUUUCUGCUCCUCUUUUCUUUCUCUUCGCUCACUCUAUUUUCCUUUCCUUGUUCUUUUCUAGGAGGAUUUUCGGGCUCAUUUUGCCUUCGGCUUUUGGUCUUUUUCUUAGUCAAAAGACUGCAAUUUUCGUUCGGUACGUUCUCAAAAAUCCAGCAAGAUAAUGCUUUGGCUUUUACGAUUACCUAUACAUUAAUUUUCGUUAACGUACCGUCAUCCUCAAAUAUACCAGUUUCACUUUUUUUGAAGCUUUUCGUUUUCUUCUUGUUAAAAGUGAAUGGAGAGGAGGGGAGGAUAGUUAAACUAAUCCUUUACGAUGCACAACAAUGCAGAGUUUUUGAGCAGGUUAAGCUCCAAUGCGUAUGAUUUUGACAAGAGGGAAAUGCGUUCAUUUAAGGAAAAGUGCUCUUACCUUCGCAAAAAAAAUUAUAAAGGUUAACGGAACAUUCAUCGCAUAAGAACUUUGAUUCCAGCAAACGUUCGUUUCAAGAAAACGAAAUAGUACAAUAGGGAAGCUGCUGUUUAAGGGAAACACAAACUCUGGUUAGCCAAAACAAUGCGUUUGUAAAAAUAUCUUCUAAGAGUCUAUGGCAUGCAGUAAUGGACAUUCCCCACGCAGAGCAUAAUUGACGCAACUCAGUCAGAAGUUUAACAUGCAGUAAGUUGAAGUGUUACACAACGUUCAUCCGAAGAGAAACACUGUAGGUUCCGCAAAAAGAGGUGAGCCAUCAGAAGCUAAGUCAGCCAAGCCCACUAAUGUUCUUGUACUUAUGUCAAGUACUUUCCAGCCUUCAUUGACCACUGCAAUUAUUUUCAGACGUAUAGGAUCCCAUGAUCGUUGAGAAAAAGAGGUCUUCAUUUGCCAAAGGACGAGAAAAAAACUGGUCAAGGUUCAGGGUUGUUCUCACAAAAGAAAUGCAAGGAGGGAAUAUAAACGCCUUUAGACCACAGAGCGAUUAAUCUACUUAUUCAUCUUACCAAGAAAUGAAGGGGUGUCGCAGUAAAUACAAACUGAACACAGAGAUACACUAAACUAAGGGACUGUGCAAUAAUUAUCAGGAGGGGGGGCUGAAAAACUAGAGGGGGGGCAUUACAUAAAAUUGCUGCCAAGAUAGGCGGGGCUCAAAGUAAAAUCACUCAUUUGACGGAGGGGGGGCCUUAAGUUUUAUUCGAAAUGUAAAUAAAAUUAAACGCAAUGAAAGAUUCUCAAUACAGGCAUCAUGAUAGUCUGUAACAAAUAUCAAUACGAACAGCUGUUAAACGAUUAUUGAAAAUAUUCCAUCAAAAUGAAAAGCAAAUUCACAACUGAUCAAUUUUAACCCGUCUUCUAAUUAAUUGAGCUGAUCCUAUAUAAAGCAAAAGUCAUGAACUUGUUUUUCAGCUUCCCCCAUAAAACAAUGGGAAUUAAACAGAUCUCGUAGACAAGCUUUGUCGCUUUUUGAUGUGAAUAAAGUAAUGUUUCUUCAUCGACUGAAUCGAUUUGCUGAAUUCCAUAUAUAUCUGGCUCAUAACAAAGUUCAACAGGCUCUCCUCCCAAGGAUCGAAAUAUAAUGCAAGCUCUUUUUCGUCUGUUAUUUGAAGCGUUCAAUCUCCUGUUCUUUGAUUUCUUUCUCUGCUCCUUUCUCUUUCUGGCUUCAGAAGUUUUAGAUUUUGAGCCAAUGUGGUAAGCACCCCGGUACUUACCAAAUGCUUUUUUUAAAUCUUCAAUCAAGCGAUCAACCUCCUUCUCGAUACUAGAUGUUACAUAAUAACGUUUUUCAUUAUUGAAGCUGUGAUGGCAGCUCAGUCCAGUUUUGAGUCAGUGUGGUGGGAGGUGGGGGUUGCAACGUUAUUUUCAACAUAACAGAGGGGGGUUAGAACUAUUUUUUUCUUUUGGACGGGGGAGUACUGUCUAAGUUUUUGCUACAUAACUCUAGUUUUUCAGCCCCCCCUCCUGAUAAUUAUUGCACAGUCCCUAAACUGAACUCUGAGACUCGCUACGAGAAGAAGAUUUUAAAAAAAGAACAAUCACACUGCGCUUGGUUUCCUUUACUAUAGAUUUGGCCAUGUGUUAUGAAAAGCGCAGAGCGUUGCUAGCAAAAAACAAAUAGACGGAGUCCUUAGCAGAAUAUUUAUUCACUCACAUUGUAAAGUACAGAGUCAUCAUCGUAAAGGAGGUUGCGUAUGUCGAGAGAAAAAAAAAGGAUCCCUGAUUUUGAUGGGAAUAGGUUAAACAGUUUGUACAGAUACAAAGCUAUCGUCCGUUGCAAACAUUUAGUCGCACGUAUCUUGCAGCUUGGAUUCAAAUUAAGUAGCUGACUGAAGAAAACAAAAUAUCAAAUCAAAUCAAUGCUGCAGGAUAUUAAAAACAAUUACAAGCCUGUAAAACUGCUAAAAUACUUACUGCAUUUCUGAUAUUGCGCAAAACAAAACAAUGGCUAAUAUUUUAACCAUGUUAACAAAGACUGACUAAUGAUUUCCAUUUUAAAUACUGUCACAGAAAAAAUUUAAAGCUUGGAAAACAGAAUGUGAAGACAGACGAGUGGCUGGGUAACCUGUGCAAAGCUCUCAAGAAACACUGAUCCACGUGUUUGUCACACAUUUAGUCGGCUUUGUUUAAAACAAAACUAUCCAAAAUACAUUAGCGAUGUUCUAUCGAAAAUUCUUGGGUAAAAAGAACACAAUUAUCAGAUGUUUUGUCUGAAUUUGUGAUCUUCCUGAAAUUGGGUUUCCUGAGGUGGAAAUUCAAAAUCUUUAUUGCCAAUUUUUCUCAUGUUUCACCGAACCAAUUUGGCGGAUUUUUAGUAUGUUGUUAAAUAGCCAUCCAACCAUUAAAUGGCGUUGAAAAAAAUUCUGUUGCAAUUACUUUGAUGCUAAAACACAAUUUGACUGGACUACCACGCCGAUCUCGAAAAUGGAGGUCACGUAACGGAUAGGUUUUGUGCAUUACUUUGCUGUAGUGUGAACACCUAUUCGGACCUUCGCGGAAGUAAAUAAGUACGAGCGAGGACUGAAACCCAUUGAGAAGGAAGUAAAUAUUCAGGAGUGAGGGCAGGAAAUUACUGCACCAAACCGUCUCGACCAACCGCGUCGGCACGAUGUUGGAUAUGUGUGAACGACAUGUGCCACCCCGGAAUGUGGCUGUUCACACUAUCCCGGAUAGUCUUUCGUGGCGCCAAGAAAAGCAAUUCCAUAUAGUGUGAACAUAGCCUUAAAUUCGACUCGGGAUCAGAACAAUAGGAAGCUUUAGCAUCGACGAUUCAAACAUCGUCGCGUUUAUUCCAGUUCGCUGAAAAUGAGUUGAAAACAAGAGAGGAUAGAGGGGACAGAGAAGGCAUCCCCCAUACACACCCUAUUCCAUAGGUAAUUCGUCUCGAGUUAUUUUUAGAAUCGGGAUAAAGUUACCUCGCGCGCAGCGUGGGUGUUUCGUGGAGGUUUUGCAUGACUAAACGCCAUACAAAACGCAAUGAAAGCGUAAAGAGAUCGAGAGCGUUUCUGAAUAUUGAAGCGAAAUGAGUCGGCGCUCACCUGGGAAAAGGGAUUCGCUCGACUCUUUGACAACCCGUGAAAUCAGUUUAACUCGAAGUUAUCCUAACCUCAGUGCUUUAAUAAAAUGAGAAAUUUCGCCGGUGUAUUGAAACCGGUCGUUUGUACAAUAAAGCAAGUAGCAAGUAAUAUUCACGUACAUGUAAUUAGUUUUACAAAUGUGAAUUUUAUUGUAGUUUUUUUAAGUUGUUAAGCGCCGUUGAUCAGUGAAUGUAAAUAGCGCUCUAGAAGUUAUUAAAGUAUUAUUAUUAUUGUUAUUAUUAUUAUUAUAGGACGUUGUUGAAUAAUAAAAGACUAAUAAAAGAAUAAAUAUCAAACCAGAAAUUGCUCUCUUCAAACUGUAAAUUAUAAAUGAUCCUGAGAGAAUGUUCACUGUGUUAAGGAUUUCCCUGCUGUACUGUUACCUCUAUACAAGAGAGGAAGGGAGAUUCUUUUUUAAUUUCCGUUUCGCUGACACAGCUUUAGCAGAAAUCUCUCUUUAGUCGUUUUCUUCGACAAAACGAAUAGCAAUAUUGCUCUCCGCGUCUUCCGCCAUUUUUUUCUGCGUCAAUUCGUGAAGAACGCGUGGCUCUGAGCGUGGGUCAUCCACGCGGAACACAUUCGCGCUAUGUGAUUGGCUGUCGUCUAAUACCCCUUGGGAUCUGUGGUCUUAAAAAUAACUCGAGACGAAUUACCUAUGGAAUAGGGUGUGUAUGGAGGAUGCCUUCUCUGUCCCCUUUAUCCUCUCUUGGUUGAAAAGCUAUGUUGCACGUUUUACCACCCACAUUCAAAUUUGUCUUGCUACCAAUCUGUUGCACGAGAGGUUUGAACGUAUGUGUUAAAACGAGCAACAUUGCAUUUCUACUCGUUUUGUCAUCAAAAAUUUUGUUCACGUUAGAGAUACUGUAUGUAAUCCUAGAAAACUCAAUACAAACUAGGAAAAUAAAUUAGUAAAAGAACAUUCCAGGCGUACAUAAAUCUUUUCAAAAGAGAACACAAAUAAUACAUACUAAAAUCGUUUCCAAAGUUUAGACUAUUCGACAGCGCAAAUGCAUUGUUAGUAACAUUAACUGUUGCUUACGCAGUGUGAUGCUUCCAUAGUUAUCCGAUUUGUUCCGUGUAGGGAUAUCUGAUGUGACUUUUUUUUUUUUUUUUACAGUAACUUCUAUGGGCCCAUCGGCAAAUGCACAGGAGAAAAGCAACUCACCGUAUGUCCAAGCAGUAGUCAAGUAGGCUUUCGUUUCUUUUUUUUUUUGUAGUUAAUGGACCCUUUUCAGCUCAACACCUUGCUAAAACACAAAUUACGCAGUUGGGACCUUGAAAAGAUAGAAAAUUAGAAUUUUGAUGUGAUGUUAUAUCUUUCUCCUUUCCUUGCCCAUUGCGUCAUUUGCAGACCAGCAAGUUUUCUGUAUCAUGUGACUGUGCAAGUAGCGUAUUAAAGUGAAACCUGUAUUACCUCGACACUGACGGGGCUGUAGCUAAUCUGUCCCUUUACAAGAGGCACGUGUGCACGUGGAUCAGGUUCGUUUCACAGAAUGCCUGGGAAGAAAAGCUUGGAACCCACUGACACCCAUCACGUCCCGGCGCUUAUUGCAAGAGGGAGUCCGCUCAAUUUGGAGUCCGUUUUAUCCAGUUUUCGCUGUUUCGUGACUCUAUUAUUCAUAACUGGUAUAAUUUUUUCCUCUUGUUUGAUAUGGUAAUAUAUGUUUACACAAGAUGAAGCUUCUGUUGGAGGAAAGAAAACAAACAAUGAAAAUAAUUAAAUAAAUAAUGCCAUUUAGAUAAAAUAGACCAAAAAUAUGAAUAAAUGAAAGAAGCUUUGGACCAUUUUGAGAAAAUUUUCAUCCCAAGUUACAUUAUAAAAACUAUAAUGGAGUAUAAACCGAUGUGAAUUUUACACUGUUUCAUAAUGAGAAAGUAGUCAGAAAAAGUGCUCUUGUCAAGUUGUUGAUUUCUGCGCUGCGGUCGUCAUGGGCCCAGUUUACACAUAUCCGGAUGUUUUUAACGACAUGCUGAGAUCUUUUUCUAACGGCGGUAUACGGCACCAAAAACGCAGGUGUUUGAGGAGGUUUCAGAGGAGGUUUAAGAGGAGUCUUCUGAAAAUUCCGGCUUAUUAUAUCGUUUACGCGUGAACAGGUGAAUACAAUGAGGUCAUGCAUUUACUACCACCGCGCAUGCUCUGUAAGGGAUGCUAUCUUAGUACCAUCGCUUAAGCGUUUUUGUGUGGACGCUUAUUUUUUGAAAACGGAGAAAAAAACUCCGUUUUCAACUAUAUCCGGAUACGUAUGGGUGAGCCAUAGCUUUAUCGAGUAAUUUAUGUACUUAUUUAAUACUAUUAACCUUCCGUUUCUAGGCUGAGCGAGCUAUUAGAAAUGCGUUCCCGAUCACCUUGGUUUUGGCCAGAUGCCAUUUUUAACCUGUGUCCUCCUGGAAGGGAGUUUAACAAUUGUUUAAAGAUCCUUCAUGGCUUUACAGACAAGGUAUCUCCUCGUGUUUAUCACUCCUUUCGGGGUCAGUGAGACGGCCUUUGCAAUCAUCCAUAUGUACAUCCGUAUUUAGAGAAGACUUUUUGUUAUCGCUGAACUAGUGACGGGGGAUGGUUCAUCACUUCAUGAUCACCACCUAUUCAUAUUAUACCUAGUCAUAAACUUUUUAUCUCUUGGCCCCAGUUUUUCAAACGUUUGGUAGUACUGUCCACAGAACAAAUCAUAGUGGAUAGGUAUUAGAUGGGUAUAAGGAAAACAAACUGUAUUAUGCACUGGAUAGAGAUUUAUCCAAUGGGUUCCUCUUUUCAAUCUCUCAACAACUGGGGCCUGGUCAUACCUAAUCACCUUAUAAUAUCUAAGUAUCACUUUAUCAUUACCUUAUCGUUCCAAAACAUCACCACAGGUUAAUCCCAUUGAAAAAAUCAAAGGGAAAGUGGCCGGCAAAUAAAGUCAAAAUCUUUGUUAAAGUUAUGUAUGCCGUUGACACCGUUCCGCAAAACUUCACCAACCAUUAUUUCUCGGUGCAUUUAGACAAUUUAGUAAAGGAAAGAAAAAACGUUCUGACACAAAAUCAUUGGCUGAAUGUUUAAAGGAAAUCCAAGACUGCCACCACCAAAAUAAUCAAAAUCUUUCUCAGGGUUUUUAAAAUAGUCUUGAUAUUGUUCCAAAACACCGACCAAACAUUGGCUGAAAAUCAUUGGCUGAAUGUUUAAACAUUGGCUGAAAAUCAUUGGCUGAAUGUUUAAAGGAAAUCCAAGACUGCCACCACCAAAAUAAUCAAAAUCUUUCUCAGGGUUUUUAAAAUAGUCUUGAUAUUGUUCCAAAACACCGACCAAACAUUAGUUCUUGUUCUAUUUCAAAUAUACUUUACACAGAAAAAAGAAAUCAAUUCAUCUGUGGCAUAAAGUCAUAGGCUUAACUCUGGCCACUUUGUAAAAUGUAAAUCAUUUUUAAUGUUUUAGAUGCAGUGGACACUUUUCCAUAACAGCACCAAGCACAAUUUCGGUCCAUUCUUACCAUACACCUAUUUGCAAUAAGGUUGUCAUAGAAAAAAGCAAAAAGCAAAAAGCAAAAGGCAAAAAGCCAAAUAGGAAUUAAUUAGCAUUUAAUUAUCAUUGCUUGCAACAUUCCCAACACACACGCUUAUAGCUGAAUAUUAAUCACGUAACAUGAGAGAAAUCAUUUGCAUCAGUUUCUUGGUGUCAUUCUAAUGCAAUUCGAGGCUGAUUCAUCUAGCGGAUUUCAAACGUGCUCUACUUACAAACGUACAUCGGAUAACUUCUAAAGAAAAAAUGGCUCCAUUUUUUUUCAAUAAAUAUAGCCUAGGGUAAAUUCCAGGAACGCGACGCGUCUUUUCGUUUAAUGCUAAAUAGAAAAGCCAGUCUGCGUAUGGUUUGUAGUGCACCACACCAUCAGAUCACAAUUUUCAAGCAACAAAUCAGGGGCGUACGCAGGACUUUCCAUCGCGGAGAGGGUGAGGCGUUCCUCAGCCAGUCCCUCUCCCGCGCCACAAACUAAGCUUCGUUUGUCAGGACCCUUUUGUUACACACAUCAGUGUUUCAUCUGCGGAAUCUUACAGCGCGGAAUUACAGAAUUAUUUCUUGUUAUUGUGACUGACUUCUUAAAUAAUUGUUAUAUUAUUAAAAUACGCAAAUGUAAAUCACAUGGCUAAUUAAUUCCUAUUUGGCUUUUUGCUUUUUGCUUUUUUCUAUGACAAAGUUAUUGCAAUUAGGUGUACACAGAAAAUGAAAAAAAUCAAACGCGUUACCUUGGAUCGAAAUAUAUUUGUUAUAAUUACACCUUUUGCUGUUCAUUACGAGAAAAUACGCAAUCAUUUGCGUCAAACGGCGACCAACAGCUCGAAGAUACAUUCAUUAGCGCGAAAAAGCGAACAUUUGCGCAUAAAACAGAUUCAAUAACGAUUUUUGCAUUUUAAUCAACAUUCAAUAAAAUUUUUGGGCAUUCAUGUGUGUCAUUGGGUAUACAAAAGAGAAAAAUAUACUUUCAUUAACGCCAACAUUCGAGUCAUUAACAUUAUCUUGAAAAUCAUCAGGGACAAUAGACAAACAUUUAAGUGCAAAUGCUAUUCAUUAACAUCUUUAUGACACUGUUUGCAAUUCAGUAGCAUUCCUGGACAGCUUUAGAAUGGAUAAGACAAACAUUAAUGCGCUUGUACAAUCAAUUGAGCGUUCUUUACAUUUAAUAUACAAAAAUAUAUUUUCAAUUAAACAAUAGCAAUUUCCCCCAAAAUUGGCCUGAAUUUGUUUAAAAAAUCACGCCGUACUUCACCACUGAGUGUUCGUCGACGGCUGCGGCUAUACAUUUACCUUUACGGCCAGAAGUCACGGUUUUGCGCGACAAGGAGUGGAGGGCGUUCCGCCAAGUGUGCGGCCAACGAGGACGAAACUUGACUAUGACCAUGGCAAUAUCACCUAUCAAAUGUUUUCCUUGGCAGCUGCUGGAGUAAAGUAUACUGUGUCGGUUUUUCGGUGACUUUCUGGCACGUGCGAGGGAAAAAUGGAUCCCGAUAAGUCGGUGGUCUUUGCGUAUGACGGGGUGCCAGCCCACCUAGAUUUGGCCAUUCCCUCCCCAUACGUACACAGCUUAUGCUUCCCCCCUUGACAUCGUUGAAAAGGAUUUAAGUUGUCUGAAAGCGACAUCAAAAGCCGACAUCUCGAGUCCGGAAAUUUGAACAUGUAUAACAGGAAUGAGGGCAAAGCCCUAGCAAUCCCACCAGCGGAGUUCGGAAACAACAAUUGCACUGUUUGAAGCUCUGCGCGGAAACAUGACAUUGUGACCGCAGCUAAAUGUGCUAAGGGGUACCAUUUCAUGCAAACCUACCUCCCCAAAUGUUUAAAUAGCGAGGUUUUUGAGGGAUAUACAUUUAACGACUGAAAUUCAGGCCAGAUUUGUUUGAAUUUCUUUUGUUUAAUUGAAAACCGAUUUUUGUAUAUUGAAUGUAAAGAACUGUAAAGAAGAUUGUACAAGCGCAUUUAAUUUAAUUUUUGUCGUAUCCAUCCUAAGGUUGUGCAGGAAUGCUGUUGAAUUGCAAACAGUGUCAUAAAAAUGUUAAUGAAUAGUGUUUGCACUUUAAUGUAUGUCAGUUGUCUCUAUUGACUUUCAAGGUGGUGUUAAUGACUUUGAUGUUGGCGUUAAUGAAAGUAUAUUUCUCUCUUUUGUACGCCCAAUGACGCAUAUGAAUGCCCAAAAGUGUUAUUGAAUGUUGAUUAAAAUGCAAAUAUCGUUAUUGAAUCUGGGUUAUGAGCAAAUGUUCGUAUUUUCGCGCUAAUGAAUGUAUCUUCGCGCUGUUGGUCGCCUUUUGACACAAAUGAUUGCGUAUUUUCUCAUAAUGAACAGCAAAAGGUGUAAUUGAUGGUCUAGAUGUACUUGAAACCGUGGCAAGUAAUAACCCUUACUUUUGUGACACGAAUUGAAGCGCUGUAUUUAAUUCUAGGUCAUUGACGAGCAAAUUGCCGAGCGAGCAGCUAAAAAAUUGUCUAACAGAGGAAAGAAGAACGAAGACGAUGAUCAGUCUGAGUUAGCAAGUAAAAGGCGGCUUGCCUUUCUCGAUGCGCUGCUCGAGGCGUAUGAAAAUGGCGAAAUAUCGCGAGAAGGAGUCAGAGAAGAAGUGGACACAUUUAUGUUUGAGGUGUAAAGUUAUCACUUUCAUAAGAAUAUUUUUAUGAAUUUCAUCUACUUGCAAGAUGAGGGAACUAUAGCAUAAAAAUAAACCUCGUGGUUUCUUAAUAAAUUGGUUUCACCAGGUAUGAACACAGCGGAACGAUAGCCGUCAAACUUAGCUAAAUCGUGUGUAAGGAGUAAAUAAAAAGCUUGUGAUGACAAAUAUCAAAUAUCAUUAUCGUUUUCGCAGAAAACUCUUACGUUUGCAGUGAUACCCUUAUACGCACUCCUCACCCCACGUCUAAGGAUAAGCUGGCUUUUUUCACUAUUAUUUUAGGGCCAUGACACGACAUCAGCUGGUAUCACGUGGGCUUUGUAUCUUCUUGGUCGUCAUCCAGUCAUACAGCAAAGAGUAUACGAGGAGGUGGAAUCCUUUUUUGGUAACGUAACCGAAACGUACCUUUUGUAAUAUAGUUGCUGAAUAAGAUAUGUAGACAGUACAAGUAUACUUAAUUAACGCUUCUCAGUGAGGAUUUCCUAGUAACAAAAAAAAAAAGGAGAGCUUUUAAUAAGUACAUGUUUAAAUGAAAAAUAUCAUUUAUACAAUAACUAAGCUGCAAAGAUGAGGGAUUUCUUAAGUCCUUGGAGAUUAAAGAAACUAAUAGUCUUUACCCAUAAAUUCUUCCUCUGUCGUGGGAAGCUAUGUCCAGACUCGUCUACAUAAAGAUACUUUUAAAAAUGUCAAAAGUUUCGAUACAUUUGCUUCCUUACAGUACCUCGCAAUAGAAAAGUGCGUUCGCGCCAUUCAUAGUUGCGCAUGACCUAAAAGAAGAUUCUAGCAGUGGCUGCUGUAACCCAUUUUCGAACCCAGUGCUUAAUUACGGGUUUGGGAAUGCGCGCGUAAACUCUGGUAAACUCUGCGCCGGCGUAGCCAAAAUCUGGCCAUUUGGUCCUCACAGCGCAUGCCCUUUUAUCCAACCAAAACUUUUUGCUUCUUUUAUAUCUACUUAAUCGCGAAAUUUUUGUGCUGCUUCGGAAUUAGAGCUAAAGAAAUUAACGGAGCCCUUGAAGAAUCUUCAGGUAUCCAAAGUUCUUGUGGUCGCUGCUGAGAAAAUACCGUUAAACGGUCACAGAAAUUUGCAUAUGCUUGACAGUUGAUUAAAUAUUUCCGUGGACUACUUUAACAGUCGGUAAGUGAAACCCGAAUGGCUUGUUGAAAUAAACGUAUGGAUAUUCCAAUAACACUUUCCAAAAUAUGAAUUUAGCUUCCUUUUAUUUAAGUUUGUUCAUGAAUCAUAGUAUAAAACGCUUCGGUCAAGCUACUUUGAAAUGCGAUAUGUUGGGAAAAGAAGACAACUAUAAAUAUCUAGUCGCAUUGUACACUCAUAACUUUAGGGAACGAUUUACUUUUUCUGUUUACUUCUCUCUUGCAAGUCUGUUUUUGGGAAAUUUACGACAUGAAGCUAAAGUUUUUAUUCAUACUCGGCUACUUCAUGUGAAUACGAUAACGUGGAAGUCGAAGAAAUAUCAGUGAUGUGUCAUGCUUCUUAAAUUAUAGCUGGCAAAGAUGUCAGUGUACCUUAUUACAGGAAAUUAAACCUCCAUGAAAUUAACGCGAAUCGUUAAAAUUAGCUUCAAUUUAAGUCGCGUUAAUUUUGUUGAGCAUUAAUUUCCGCGACGUUAAUUAAGUGCAGGGUUAAUUUCCGCGCUCUUAAUUUCCAGUAUUUUAACCCCAAUUUUGGAACCUGUCAAGACAGUCUUGACACCUAAAAAACAUUAGCUACGAGCUUUCUUUCUUUCCAUUUACCCAUUUACCCUUUCACAAAAGCUAAGGCGAAGAUUUACAAAAUUUCGAGUUCAUCUUCAUCGUUGUCGCUGUCAGAAGUGACGUCAAUAUCUUCUCCUUUGAUUUCGGCCAAGAUAAUCGCGUUAAUUUCCUUUUUAUGAAAUUCUACCUCCUCCUUUCGCGUUAAUUUUCUUUAUUCGAAAGUCGUUUUCCCUUAAAUUUGCGUUGCGUUAAUUUCCUAUAAUAAGGUAUUUUUAUUUCAUUUUUCACAUUCAAAUCUUUUCCUUCCUCAAUUUUCGAUAUACAGCUAAGGUAUUUUAUUUGGAAAUUGGGAAAUUGAGGAAUCCAGUUAUUUUGCCUAGUCAAACAAAUGUUGUUUUGGAAUCGCUGAAAUCUAGAAUUGGCCGGGCGUGUUUACUUCAACAUUUCUCACACGCCAGAAAGGCUGCCCGUUCACCCGCUCCCGUGCGAACUUGAAUGGAUGAAUCAGACGCACUUUUAUUGUUUUUUUGCUGAAACCAAUCAGAGACAAUCUGGUUCCAGAGUUCCCCAGAGCUCUUUCUCCCUGGCCGUCAUGCACAGAAGAGCUCUGAGGUCGAGAUUGCUGUUGUAAGCCAGACGUUUUCAGGAACUACAAUUGUAAUUUUAAAAAAUGUAAUUUAAUGUUAUACAUUUUGCUUGACGUUUUCUUUUCUUUGCUAUAGAAGCAACGGUCUUGCUGUGGUUAUACUAUAUAUCAUUUUUGUUCCUUUUACAAUAGCAAAUUAGGGAGCUUAAGCAAAGACUUUUUUAACCGAUGUACGUCAAUUAGAAGUGUUAUUUGUUUGUUUGUUUGUUUUUUGCCAUUCGGGGACAGUGGUUUUGUACAAAUUCUAGGGCAAAUCGUCUCAAUAAGAGUAAAUACAAAUUUUUGUAGCUUCAAGGCAUAUUAUAAGGGAAAAGGCUUCACUCCCGGUUGACGUGUGUUAACCCUUAAGCUCUCUGUUGUUUUCUAGAGCGUCGUUCAGACGUGUUAACAGUAGAUGACUUAAAGGAGUUUCGUUUUCUGGAGUGCGUAUUGAAGGUAAGCUACCCCCGUUUACUUCAAAAUUUUUGGAAGAUUUAAAAAGUCUCCCUGUGAAUUCCCUCUCUACCCGGUGUGUAUUAGCCUUAAUUCACUGAAAGAUCUUUCCUCCUCAAGCGGUGACAUUUACUAAUGAAAUAUUAGGUGAAAUGAGGCAACGAGGACGAGGUACAGUCUUUUGUCUCAAGAGUCAAAAACAAAUAAGCGUAAAUUACAUAAAUUACUGAUCAAGGUUUGGGAGACUAAGAAGGUGUAUGUUGAUAUGAGUACCAUUACCAGUUACCAUUACCAUUACCAACUCUUUAUUCUGUUAAACUGUUUUCCUUCCUUGUAUCUAUAGGUGCUACCUUUAAUUUAUUUUUUAAUUACUUCAUUUUAUUUUUGCUCUCUCUUUACUUACGUUCUUUUCCCGACUUUAUAGGAGACAAUUAUUGUAUUAUUGCCCAACUAGAAUAGGUCCGCUAAUUGUGGGUAACAUAGACUUAAAUUAUUUGAUAAUUGAAUAAACUUGUUGCUAUUAGACAAGCAAUUAAUAAACUCUUCCAAUUGGCAGUGUUUUCGCAUAAAUGCUCUAUGUCGGGUACCACACAGAAAACACACAAAGGGUAAUGAGCAAAAUUCUUUUGGCAGGGAAGCGCUUAAAUCUAGGGGUAAGGGGACCAGGAGAGAAGCCCUCCUGGGGGGAGACAAGAUCGAGUGGUACCGGGGGUAGCCACCCAGGACAGGAGUCCUGAUCAGUCUCCGGGGGUGAGGCCCAUAUCCCCCAGUACAGGAACUAAGGGGAACCAGGAGGGGUGGCCCUCCUGGGUGGAGUACAGAUCAGGUGGGACCGGGGGUACACACCCUCGAGUGGAUAUUUUUCCGGACCUGUCUCCAAGAACUAAGCCUUACUGUGGGGUAAAGUGCAGCCAGGGGUUGCACUUCCCUGCCACUCCUUUUAUUUGGAAGCCAGACAGCAAUUUCACUUCCCUGGAACCUAAUGAAGGAAUGAGACCUAGUCAAGUAUAACACCAUAAUAUAAAUGAUUAAUCUUAAGGAUACAUAUAGAUAAAGGGGAAUAAACUAAUGAUCUGCUUAAAAUACGUUCUGGUCAUGCUAAAUACUGCUACUCUGCUACUCUACCAGCAAAUAUUGGAAUAUGCUGCCAGAGGUACUUAGAACUGCUGACGUCAUUACAUGUUUUCAAAUCCAAAAAUUAAGAGCAUUAAUAAUAAAUAAUAAAUUUUGCGCCUUUGUAAUUAGUUUUCAUUAUCACUAGUUGCAGAAGACACAAUGUAUAUAAUAAUUUUCUUGUUUCUACAUUAUCUUAAACUUGUAUAUAAUAUAUAGUAUUACUUUAUUCUAAUUACCUUUGUCGGUAGUGGAUAAGGCACCGGUUACGCCGGUUUUUUGCGGGGGAAUUUCAUUAACUUGCGAGGGAAUACAUUAACGCCGGUGGCGUCGUACAUCUCAUUAAGAUAGGAUGAUGUCAUAGUUUAAAUUAAUGCCGAUGACGUCAUGCAUUUCAUUAAGAUAGGAUGAUGUCAUAGCUUAAAUUAAUGCCGAUGACGUCAUGCAUCCAUUAACAUAGGAUGAUGUCAUAGUUUAUUUGUAGCUGGCAAGGAGCAAGUGACAUCAGAAUUUCCUGGAGUUGACGUCAUCAAAAAAAUGUUGAGAUCAUAAUCUAUAAAUAGAAAAGUUAUUUUUAUAUAAUUAGCUAUUUGCUAUAGUCUUCUGAUUAGAUAUUGUUUGCUAUAGCCUUCUGAUCGGAUAUUGUAGAAACUGUUAUGUGUUCAAAAUAAAAGCGGGCAAAUUUUGAACGUGUUAUCUUUGCAGAUUAUACUAAAUGAAAAAUCUUUAAUCAUUAAAUUAUUUUCACUAAAAAUCGGUUAUAAACAAAACCAAGACACGGAGGUUAACUGAAAAAUCUUUACUUCAAAAAAGGGAAAAAGGAGGUUAAGCGAAAGCGAAAUCGUACUAAUUUUUCGGGCAAAACGUGAAAACGAGGUCGAAGCUCAGCGAAGCGAAAAACUGCUUAUCAAGCAAAAAUGUCAAUCUUUGUUUACUUGACUCUGUAGAAAGUAUUGCAGUAGUAUAAUCUGCAAAGAUAACACGUUCAAAAUUUGCCCGCUUUUAUUUUGAACACAGUGUACGGCAAAACGAAGAGCACAUGUGCAUGAUGAGCAUGUGAUAAUAUGAAUGGAACCUUUGUGGAGUCUUGUAAUAUAUCAUGCUAAGUUACAGUGGACUUUGCCAAAGAAGAAGGAUACAUUGUAAUCAAACAACUAGUUACUGUUCAUUGUUCUUACUUGUACUUUGAACUAAUAGAGCGGUUUUCACUUGACUGUCGUAAAACCAAAACCAAAGUAAAUACACUAGCCAACCAAAGGGCGUAGUAAAACCAAAACCAAAACCAAAACCAAUCCCUUUCGACAGUCAAGUGAAAACCGCUCUAUCUACCAUUACUUAAUACAAAAGCUUAUCCAAAUGUUGAACAGAGAAAUGAUUGUUGCUAGUAUGUCUUAAGUGUGCUUUCAUAGGGCUGCAUUGAAAAAAAAACAAAAACCAAAAAAAAUGCACUUUAUUUGAGUAUCAAUGCAUUUAGCACGAAAGUGCUAAUUGGGGACACUAUAUUUUUACGUCUAAUAGAGACGGGACCGCCAUUUUACGUGGUCAUCCGAGCUACGCGAAGGUCCAGCCGCCUGCAGGGCAAAGGAAGUACCUUCAUUUCUCAGUUAUUUAAGACUCUGAGUAUUGGUGCAGCCCCGGGAAUCGAACCCGCGACCUCCCGCUCUGCAGUCAAGCGCUCUACCGACUGAGCUAAUCCUGCCGCAGUUAGGUUUAUUAACAACAGUUUAUGCUACCAUAAACUUUAACAAAAAUACAUUAUACAUGUGGCAGUUCAAGUAUGUCCAAACCAAAUCGUGUACAAGAAAAGGUCUUAAAUGUCAAUUUGUUCGAAUAAGCUACAAAAAAUUCAAAGUAAACAGAAAAGAGAAAGAAAUGAAUGAUGGGGAUUAUCGCAGAGCUUUGAUACAGAAAGCCACGUUACACUUUUCCUCUCACUUACGUUAUCAUCCUUAGUGGUGUAGUGGUAAAGAGAAGUCUCGCCUAACCGAGCUAUGUCCCAUUUCUUUUCUUUUUUUUUUUUCCGUUGUUUUUUUGGUUUUGUUUGUGUGUUUGUUUGUUUUAAUAUUUAUUUUCUUUUCCCUAUUGGCUUCUUUCACUUUCUCCCUACUUCUGGCCUUUAGCCUCUGCUUCAAGAGGCUAUGCGAUUCACAUAUUUCUAGUUUAGUCAGUGCAAUGGCAUGUCAUUUCAGAGCUCGUAUAUCAGAUUAAUGAAUUGCCAAGACCACAGGAGGCUGACAAAUUUCUAAUACAAUCAUUCCAUCAUCAUUCAGACAUUCUCUGAUUUUGUAGUCAUUUUUAACAAUGUCUUACCAUUUUUUCUGGCUUGCCUUUCUACAACUUCGCUAAUUACCUGUUUAAUUUAGGAAUCUCAGCGACUAUUCCCUUCCGUUCCAUUCUUUUCAAGAUCUACUAGUGAGGACUGCCAACUUGGUAAGUUCGUAAGUUGUAGUACGUCUUAAAAAUGGAAAACCGCAGCAGCAAAUCAUUGAAGAUUAUCAUUGAGUAGACCUGAAUCAUUGAAACUCUUGAAUGACACAGGGCUAUUCUAAGAGUGAAGACUGUAAAUGUUUACUUUUGUUUCAUUGAAUUAUUUGAUGAGGCAAAAUGUCUUUUUUCCCUGACAGUUGAAAUUAUUUCCCCUCUUGAGUGACAUCAUAUUUUUUAGGUGGAUACUUUAUUCCAAAGGGAACAACAGUUGGAGUAUCUACCUUCGCACUUCACAGAAACCCAGAGGUGUGGCCAGCACCUUUGGAUUUCAAUCCAGAUCGUUUUCUACCGGGGAACAUUCAGGGACGCCAUCCGUUUGCGUUUCUUCCAUUUUCUGCAGGACCAAGGAACUGUAUUGGUUAGUAAUUGGGAGCUUUUUAGUCUUUCUGGCAAAUUUACGAGUGUCAUUCAGUUCAUGUCCUUAGUUUUCGAAUUGCAUAUAAAAUGGGUCCCGGAUAUCACUAAGUACAAAAAACAUUUCGUAACAACACAGGCAGCCCAUUACAAAGAGUGAGAAAAGAGGAUUUGAGCUAGAGUCGACUAUAUUCGACUGAAGAGGAGUCAAAAAUAUAUUUAUUAGUUCCAAAGAAAUGUUGUUUUACCAUUACAUCAUUGUCUAUUUAGUUGUUCUGGUCUAUUUUCUAUUGAAAACGUCUGCGCUGUCUAUGGUUAUACUGUAAGUUUGUUACAUCGCGUUGUGUUCCAUACAUUUUGCUACUUAUCAAGAAGGAGUUCGUCGCGUCCGACUUCCACUUCAUCCCAGACAACUGUUUCUCCUCCUUUAAGUCUCUUUUUACUUCAGCCUGGUUUCCAUAUGAUGGUGCAAUCGUCCCAGUCGUCUCAAAUAAUGUUCAGAUCAUCGGGACGAUCAUAUGGAAACACUACCUGGAUGAUCGCAAACGACCCGGACGACUGAGUACGACCUCGAUCGCUCUAAAAUACCAAGUGUAUAUCUCUUUGAGAUCCUCGCAUGACUGGCAAGGGGAAAAAUACAAAAAAUACUUAGCCUGCCCCACUAGACUGAUACUUCAUCCGUCUCUUCGCCCCACCCCUCAACGGGCGGCAAGGCGAGAGAGAGAGUCUUUCGCCCUGUCUCUCGUUGAGGGGUACGGCGAAGAGAAGGAGGACACUUUAGACUUCCUCCUCCACACGCAUCACUGUCCCGUUUUAGAGGACGGGUGGGAGAAUGGGGAGUUGUAAAGUCGGCGUUGGUGUAACCGUUUCAGGAGAAGUUGUCGGCAAAGGUGGUUAUGGUCUACUAACUAAUACUGUUCUCUUACAGGUCAGCGGUUGGCUUUUCUUGAAGAGAAGCUUGUCCUAGCCCAUGUGUUACGUCAUUUUGAAAUACAGUCAACGCAGGCUGUCGACGACAUCCAACUGUGUGUCGAGUUUGUCCUUAGAUCUAAAGAAGGAGUAUUUGUCACUUUGGUUCAUCGACAAAAGGGUAAAGGAGCGUGAAGUCAGAAAUGUUAGAAUUUGGGAAAUAAAACUCCGCGAGUUAAUACAAUUAAGUCGUGAGAUAUGACGUCAUGGUCUAAGCCAAAGUUACGAGAAUUAGCUUUGAGUCGCCACGGCGAAACGGUGCUAAAAUUUCACACCCUAUAGGACAGAGACAUUCUUACUUCCAGUAAUAAUAGACACAUAUUAAAAACUGUGGAUAAGAAUACUCCUUGAUGGUACUUAUUUUAGAUACACUUCCAAGAGAAGGAAAAGAGUGAGUUUUCAAGAAUUCGAAAAUUACUUUAAUUUGCAGUUAUCAGCCCAAUUUAUUAAGUCUGGGAGUUGACGGGGUGUCAAGAGUGCCUUACUACUACUGCAGCUACCUUAGUCUAGUCGUGAAAUACCUUGUAGACCAUGUAACAUCUGAUGUGUAUUUUUAUCCGAUGAAUAAAGACUUAAAAGGAGU